GCGGAGCCAAUGUUCCAUGUCCCGGAAAGUUAGCUCUAUUUCCACAGACGCUGCCCGACCCGCCGAGAGUUUCUGCAUUUCACGUCUCUAGCAUCCGCAGUCUCUUUAAUUUUGUGUUGAAUGUUCCCCAUUUGGGGCUCAGCGUACCCUGGGGCCGCAGUCCACGGACCGAGCCGGGCUACGGGGGCUUGGGACCAGCUCUGGAAUCUGUCACAAUGCAGCCACUGCUCUGGACUGCGGGGAUGAGAGCGGACGGUGCCUGUGUCAACAUUGGGGCAUUUAUGCGCUUAUUGGGAGUCCUGCCUUUUACAAAGUGUUUUUCCCCGCCGAGAUGGCUAUAUUUAACAUUGCCAUUUUAAACGCAGAGUCAGAGGGCUGUGUGCGUCACGCACCCCCCAAUCCCCCUCCAGAAUAGCAAACAGCAGCCGGGACAGCGGACUUUGCGGACUCUGCGCCUCUAUAUAAGUCGCGGAGCGCACCGGCUCCGCACUCGAGCCGACAGCCCGGAGCAGAAACAUGAGCUACAGCUGGGAAUCACUGCCCUACCGCAAGGCGCACGCCGAGCCCGCCCGCAACCUGGCUCGGCACCUGGGCUACCCGCUCCCGGUGCCGCGGCCCCACGCCUGGGCCAGAGGCAGCAGCGCCGGAUCCUCGGCCAAGCGCGGCGGCCGCGGCCACGGGGCGCUCGGCCACAAGUCUUUGGGCAGCCUGGAACUCACCCUGUCGGCUUCCCUGGACGAUGAAGGCAGAGCGGCCGCUCUGAACGAGAAGCAGCUGAUGCAGGGUCUCAAUGACCGCUUCGCCGGCUACAUCGAGAAGGUGCGGCAGCUGGAGAAGCAGAACCGGGCGCUGGAGACGGAGAUCGUGCAGCUGAGACAGCGGCAGGCGUCCCCGUCCCGCCUGGCCGCCGCCUUCGAGCCCGAGCUCCGGGAGCUCCGCCAACAGCUGCAGGACAUGGAGCGGCAGAAGGUGCAGGUCCAGCUGGAGCGGGAGCGGCUGGCGGACGACCUGCAGCUCCUGACCGGCAAGUGUGAUGACGAGGCGAGGCUGCGGGAGGAGCUAGAAGCCAGCGCCCGGCUCUUCAGGAACGACGGAGAAGACAGUCACCGGGUGAGGCUGGAAUUGGACAAGAAAGCGCAGGCCCUGGCCGAGGAGCUGAUCUUCCUGAAGAGCACUCACCAGGACGAAGUGGCCGACCUCUUCUCGCAGCUGCAGGCGUCCCAGGUCAACCUGGACCUGAAGGACUUGGCCAAACCCGACCUGACGGCGGCUCUGAGGGAGAUCCGGGCGCAGAUGGAGGGGUACACCAGCGCCAACCUCCAGCACACCGAGGAGUGGUUCCGCUGCAGAGUAGCGGCGCUCAGCGAAGCCGCCGAGAUCAACAACGAAGCUCUGCAGAACAGCCGGCAGGAGAUCAGCGAGUUCCGCCGGCAGCUGCAGUCCAAGAGCAUCGAGCUGGAGACCGUGCGCGGAACCAAGGAGAGCUUGGAGAAACAGCUGAGGGACAUCGAGGAGAGACACGACGAGGAGCUGGUGCAUUACCAGGACACCAUCCAACAGUUGGAAAACGAGCUCAAAAAUACAAAGUGGGAAAUGUCCCAUCACCUGAGGGAAUACCAGGACCUCCUGAAUGUCAAAAUGGCCUUAGACGUAGAGAUUGCCUCCUACAGGAAACUGCUUGAAGGCGAGGAGACGCGGUUCGGGUCCAUUGCGGGGACCUUCACUCCUCCUUCCUACACCUACAGACACACUCAGUCCCUGACCCACUCCGUCUACACCCCGACCAAAGCCAAGGGCACCCCCACCAAGGCUGCUCCUCAGUACAAAUUUGUGGAGGAAAUUAUCAGCGAGACAACAAAGGAAGUGGACAUGGCGGAGCUGGAAGACUCUGUUCUCAGAGUGAUCGCUGAGGGGUCCGGAGGGGCACCUGACGAGGACGGAUCAACGAAACUGGAAGAGGGCGAAGAAAAGGACGAGGCGACCACAGCCGAAGCCUCUGAUGAAGAGGAGGCCGAGAGGAGCAGUGAAACCAAAGAAGAGGGUGCGGAGGAAGAGGGCACAGAGCGUGAAGAAGGAGAGGGGAUUAAAGAAUCGGAGACAGAGGAGGAGAGUGAUGUGGCGACAAAGUGUGAAGAAGAGCCCAGCGAAGGAAGGGAGACUGAGGAACACGGGGCUGGUGAGACAAAGGAAGACACGGAGGGCGAAGCUGCAGCAAGUGAAGAGGCGGCAGAGGAAGAGAGCGCGGAGACCACAGAGUCCGAAAUCCAAGAGACGUCCAAAGCCAACGACAAGGCUGAACAGCGAAGCCCCACAGAAAGGAAAGGCGCCGAAGAGGAACAGUCGGCAGAAAGAAAACCAGAUAAAGAAGAUACUGUGGGUAAAACAGAGUCUGAAGAGCAAGAAGUAAAAGCCGAGGCUGAAGAGGUGAGCACAAAGGAUAAAACUGGGAGUGUGAAGCAAGGAACGAAGGAGGAAGCUCAGGCUGAGCCCGGGGAUGCUGAAGAGGAAAGGAGUGGCGAGGAACAGGGCGAGGACCACGGAGCUCAGCGGAAAGAGGAGGGAAAGGGAACGAGCCAGAAGGACUCUGCUGCCGCUGCAGUUACAGGAGGAGGUAAGGACCAAAGACAAGAGGACAAAGUAGAGCAAGAACCGCAGAAGGCAAAAGAGGAGACAAAAGCAGAGGAAAAAGGUGCUCAAGAUCCAGCAAAAGAAAGUGAAAACCAGAAAAUGAAAGUUCAAACCAACGAAGAAGCAAAGAUGCCAGAAACGUCGGGGCAGCCAGAACAAUCCAGCAGCCAGACUAAAGAGAAAGCUGAAGACAAAAAACCCGAUGUCCCAAGGGAGGAGAAAGGAACCGAUCAGCAGAAGGAAGUAGCAGCACAGGGAGAAAAGAAGCCUGAGACAGACAAGAAAGAAAGUGAAGAAAAAACAGAGAAAAGCAGAGAGAAAGUGGAAGGAAAAGUUCCAGGUGACGCUGCCGACGGCAGGAGCACACAGUCUGGAGACAGGAGCCCAGGAGCUGCCAGAAACGGGCUGGACGUCAAGUUGGAGAAGGAGGAAAAGGAAGCUGAAAGUGUCAAGAAAACGACAAAAACCUCCACAGGGGUCAGUCGGAAAAUUGCAGAGAAGACCAUUGAGAGCAAGGAAGAGAUGUCAAAGGUCUCAGUUACCAGCACAGUGACUGAAGUAAUUACAAGGGAAGAGAAGAUCGCCAGUUCAGAUCCAAAAAGUGACAGUAAAGGAAGUCAAUGAACCAAAAGGAGGUGUUAAUUCCUCAGACAAUAAGAAAUGCAUGUUACAUGGUAGAGAUGGCACUUCAGAGAUUCCAGAACAUAGAUAUGAAAUACAUGUUUGUCUAACAGGAAGUAUGAGAAUUUCUCAGGGGAAUAAUUUCAGAUUUAAUUUAUUGCAUGAAUAAUUGCACAAUUAAACAUUUGCCAUGGGGUGCUUUGACUUUGAGGAAUAGUUUUAAUGAUACUAAACACAACAGAAAAAGUCCUUAAUUUUUCUGUUGAUUUUAAUAUAUUGAAAUACAUGCACAUUGUGUAUUUGGAUUCAGACACUUUUGAACUCCUGACAAGCUGUUACACCAGUAGUUGCUACAAAUACAGUCAAUGAACAAGGAGCUACCAACUUGCCAUUCACAAAUAAAUGCACUUUGUCCAAUAAAGUAGAUGUGUUUGAUGUGAUUUAUUUAUGUGAGACGGUGAUAACCUCACUAACCAAACAACAUCCAUUUCCAACUCAGGCAUCGGGCAUGUUGGUCUUUGAUCAUUCCACCCCGGCCACCAUGCCUCAGCUCUGAAAUUCCUUCCCAAAGCCCUCCUCCUCUGAAACCUCCCCCUUCCAACCAAUCUUUCACCUCCUCCUCUCCUACCCCCUCCUGUCUGGGUGUCAGAUUUUGUUUGAGAAAACUCCUUGGGAAGGUAGUUACAUGAAAAGCACCAUGAAAGUGCAAUUUGUUGUUGUUUAUCUUAUUCCAGAUGCAUGCUGGAUAUUGUGGGGCCUGGGCUCUGACUUUAACCAACCUGUCUGGUAUGAAUGGGCGUGAAUCCUGGACAACCCCUCACAUUUACGCUGUGGAGCUGAGGCAGUUCACACAUACACCUGCGCAAAAACAUGGCGUUAGUCCAGUUGAGGGUCGCUGAUUCACUGCUCAUUGGGAGCUGGUUUAACUUCUCUCCCUCGGAUGGACAAACACUUGGAGGAAGAGCAGGUGAGGUACCAGGACAGGCUGCAGUUCAGUUUGAGAAUGGCUGACAGUCCUUGGCCUCCUCCACUGCCAGGAGAAUUGCAAACAUGAACUGGAGGAACAUCUCUUCAUUUUCCAUCUUGGAACCUUGCAGCCUA